UGUUUCUUACAGUUCAACCAACACAAACAAAACCCAAAACCUCACAGUUUGCACAUUUUAUCAUCUCAGCUCUCGCAUUUUAUUAUCUAACCUCUCAUAGCCUAACUUGUACUGAGUUAACAGUCUUUAGAGAUGUCUGAGUACUCACUCGUUAAAGGAGGAAAGCUCAACUUGAAAGGCCACAAAGAGAAGAAAAGGCACAAGAAGAAGCGGAAACGAGUUGAAGAACAUGAAGACAGUGAAAUGGUUCAGGACAUUGCAAGUCAUGAUGGCUGGUGGGCAGUGGAGAAGUUUGAUGAAGUCACAGGAUCGGUAGCAAUAGAAGUGAGGCCACACACGUAUGUCAUUGCACUCGACAAUGGCUUGUUUACGACCGGGCCGCCACACGAUGAAGGGGAAGGUCCGAACCCAGAGGAAGUGCUGACGGCAGUGCGUGUAUCCGACAGCAAGGUGGCGCUAAAGUCUGGCUACGGGAAAUACCUCUCCGUUGAGAAGAGUGGUGUCGUUGCUGGUCGAUCAGAUGCAAUCGGGCCGCGUGAAAUGUGGGAGCCUGUGUUUGAAAACGGCAAGUUAGCAUUGUUGGCUUGUAACAGUUGCUUCCUUUCCUGCACUGAAGAGGAUGGGGAUCUCAUAGCUAAGAGUCCCAAGGUCGAGGCAAAUGAAAUCAUAAAGGUCAGAACGAAAGCUGAAAAACAGACGGAAAAGAAAGACAACCAGCCAGACAUUGAUAAGGGCAGUGUGAAAUUAUCAGAACUCUCCUAUGUGAAAAUGUUUCAGAGCUUUCAGGACAGGAAACUCCGGGUGAACGAAGGGGACCGGACGAACCUUAAGAAGGCGAAGGAGGAUGGUUCACUGCACGGGAUGCUGCUAGACAGGAGAGAAAAAAUGAAAGCGGAUCGAUACUGUAAAUAAGACAUCUGCCAUCUGUUACUGAUUGAGUGUAGAGCUACCAAGACAUAGCACUGAUAGCAGAGCAGCUGGUUUUCAACAUGGUAAAUGCGUUGCCAUUACCAUCUUUCAUUCUGCAAAGCACAUGGCAGUUUUAUUAGUAUAGAUUUAGGCAUAUAUUGAUUAUAUUCGAUGUUUCAUGAGAGUUGGGAAGACUGAACAAUGCUCGUAGAAGGAAUUGUCGUGUACUGUCUCGUAGUAAUCACUACAGAAUGGUCGUUAUAUUUCCAUUUCAAUUCUCGUGCUUUCUGUAUUUGUACAUGUGAGAAAAACCUGUGUGUGCCAGUGAUAGGUAUUUUUCACCAACUUAGGGCAAACUACGUCUGGUUGGGGGUGGAGUGGUUGGGGCAUGUGAUGUCGAAGGGGUAUGAGGGUUUGGGAUAGAAUGUGAGAGGGUAAUAAAGGCAUUGGAAUGGUUAAGGGGCUUGGUGCUGGAAGGAACAGGUGGGUGGGAGUUGGUGAAUGGAGUAAAGGGGGCGUGUGAGCAUGCGUGCUGUGUGUGAGUGUGUGAGUGCAGGGGGGGGGGGGUGAUUGUUCUACUCCAGUAGUUAAUGCAAUAACUAGAUUUCACGAGUAGGCAUGAUUGUACAGGUGACGAGUACCAUUUUCAGUUACUUAUCAACCAGAUCAGCUCCAUACGAUGUGAAUUUUUAGGAAUGUAUGACACUUCAUUUUAAAUAAACAAUGUAUAUGCUAUUUUUUAGCAAGAAAAUGAA